AGACCGAUUUUACAUUUUGAUAUUUUACGUUGUCUACCUAGAGGCGGAUAUCGACAAGUAAAAAAAAAAUAUUAACGAUAUUCAACUCUCGAGUACAAUUAUUUGGACUAAUUUAUUAUCAUAUCUAACUUGUUAAAUAUUAGAAAAAUGCUGUUUGUGUUUAACAGAUUAGUUGCCUGGCUACUAUGUGUUGCUGCCCUUGAAAUCAUCGAUUGUAGCGCUGCACAAAGACCAAACGACGUGGCGUACAUUCUUAAGCCAUGUAAGCCAUCAGAGUGUGUCUACUGCAAGGAAAAUGUGAUGAAAAAAUUAAUACCUGACGAACCACUUGUAUGUGACAAGGAUGCACAUGUCAAAAGUGCCAGCUGUUUUCUGUGUGGACAUCAGUGUAAAACUAUUCAAGACAUACAAAAUGCUCUGAAGGACGGUAGCGAAAUGCAAUGUGGAAAUGAGACGCCUAUCGAAAUCAGCUGUUGUUUGAUAGCACAGAUGUCUAACAUUGGAAGACCCACUAGCAGCGGACAAUACAAAUGCUACAGUGAAAUGAUACAUGUACAGUUUGAAAAAGUAUUGAAUGAGCCUCUUUUGGAUUGCCCAACUGGAAAAAAGGGGAACGACUGUGAAAAUCCUUACACUGAACCAUACAACUGCAGCUGUUAUCCUGGCAAUUUACAAUUUGUCGGACAGGAACAUAUGUCAGAAUGCAAUGAUGAAAAUCAGAAGCCGACUUCGCUUGGAGCGUGCCACCUGUCUGUACAGAGAAAUGGUAGCACUUUGACAUGCCUCUGCAACAAAUGUACAGAACUGCAAAGUAAAAACUUAGGCAGCUGUUCUCGUCCACAUACGAAUGAAUUGAGAAAUGGUUCUUACAGACAUCAAUCACACAGUAUCCUUACGCUCAUUUUGAUGUGUUAUUUUGCGCUAGUGUCUUAAAUUUAUACUGUGUCCAGUGGUGGAAUAAUAACAUGCAUUUACUGUAAUCAUCCAUUCUGUCAGCUUCAUCAUCACGAUCCUGAACGUGUAUGCGUGGUUGCCCAUUUCUCUUUUGUACACAUACAUUUAAUAUUGACAUUUGUUACUAUGUAUUCAUAUAUAAAUGUUUUGAAAACAUGUUUGAUAACCUUGAUGUAUUAUGUAUAUGUUGUAUGGAUGAGGAGCCCAUUUAUCAAAUCUAGAUCAAGCUUUCUGUAUUCUGUAUUCUAAUACGUUUUGUCUGUACAAAUCAUUUAUAAUUACCUCAGUUAUUACUGAUCUCGCAACUAAAUUUUUCAUUCAUUCCUUCCCCACGACGAUUCCAGCUGAAUAACAUAGUUUCCAUAACUCUUGAAAUUAUGCCUCUUUUUGUGCUUAGCCAUUUUUGCGUCUCAUAUAUCUUGAAAGCAUUUGACCUAUGGGCAUGCAACCUUUAAAGAAUAUUAUUCAGCAUAUGAAGCUUUUUAGGGAUUUCACUGAGUCAGUCCAGAGUUAUGGCCAUUGACUUGUACAGCAUCAUGCUUAAAGGUCCUGAAAGUUAUUGCUACACGUAUCUAUAAAAGUAUAAGACCUACAGUAAUGAAACAUUAGGUGAUUGUUAUACAGGAUGUGAAGUUGUGCACCUGAUUUUUUGUUAUGAAUUUCACUCCGUCAGACCAAGUUAUGGUCCUUAAUUUAGUCAAAAUAUGCAUAUAUGUUUUGGUUGCAUAAUAUCUAAAAGUAUUUGAUCUAGAGUCAUUUAGCUAUAUAGGCAUCUGAGGUUUUGUUUGGGAGUUCUCUCUUCAAGAGUUAUGACCCUUGACUUAGUCAAAAAAUACCAAAUGUUCCGUAACUAUCAUUUUGAUGGAAUUUUCCCUUUUUUUUUAUACUUAAUUUUUUUUUCAACAAAGCUAUGUUUGCGCUUGACAUUAAUUUCUAUCUCGGUAAUUACAUAUCAUAACUGAAUGAAACUUCACAGAUGGCUUCCCCAUGACAGAACUAAAAUGAAUGACAUAGGUUUAGUAAAUCUUGCUAUCAUUUUGAUGAAGUUAUGACACUUUUAUACUAAGCCAUUUUGUUCAACACAUUUCUGUAUGCAUUUGUCAGUGAAUCAGUUUCUCAAUAUGUACAUAUCAUAAGUCAGUGAUACUUUAAACUUGUCUUUGCUAUUAUAAUUCCAAUAGUAUGAACUAGGUUCCUUAACUUUUGAUGUUAUUUUACUAAAAAUAUCUCCUUUUUGUACUUUAACAUUUUUUCGGCAAAACUAGAUUGCAAUCGUUUGUUUCUUUUGUCUGUUUUGAAUAUAUCAUGUUAUUCCCAAGUGUUGUAUAGAACUUGUGUUCAUACAUAUAUGUUUGUGUCCAUAUACCCACUCCACAAUCCAAUCCGCCCCACGGCAUUUUACUGAUACUUACUUGUAUUCCUUGACUUUGCUGUACGUCGAAUCCAUUUUACCUCCACCUCCUUCAACACCAAGUCACAUACACAUAUAACCCAUAUCUCGCCCCAAAAUGGUCUUUAGUUUUUUUUGUGGUUAUCAUGACAUAAUUCCAUCAUAUGUUCUGACCUUGACCUUUGACCCAUUCAUCCAAAAGCAUUAAGGUUCAUUUGUUGAUCAUAGGCAAUUAAAAUGCAAGGGUCAUUUACAGACUGCAAUAUUCCUAUUAAGUUUGAACGCCUUGGUUCCGAGCUUUCUCCAGUAAUUAAUCAUAGACUGUUUUCAAAAUCAACGCCAAAGACGUUGACGGCUUGAGAUACUGACUCCAACUGCAUAGAGGUCAUCUCGUAACCACAGGCAAUCGUUCUUAAGUCCAAAAGUGAUCCAGAUCUCGAUCGAAACUGUUUUCAGGGCACUCUGACGACCUUUGAACCGUUUACAGUCUCAGUAGUACUAUGUCCUUGACCUUUAAGCUACUGAUCUCAAAAACAAUAAGGAUCAUCUACUGACACAUGCAGUCAUUCUAUGAGGUUUGACGACUGUAGUAAGUGGUUAAUAGUUAUUGAGCGAAAACCGUUUUCAUUCUCAGUGUCACUGCGACCUUGACCUUUUGACCUACUGAGUCCAAAAAUACAACUGGUCAUUUACUGGUCACAGGCAACCUCUCUAUGAAGGUUGUGGAUAAUAGGGCAAGGUGUUCUGUAGUGAUUUGUCGGUAACAAAAUGGUCUAAUAACGGACUGACGGACAGACAGACAUGAGCAAAACAAUUUACCGUCUCUUCUUCGAAGAUGGGCAUAAUAUAUAUAUUAAAUAUUUUAUGACUGACCAUAAUCUAUAAAUAUCAUUUAAAGUGACUAACCCACACAUUUAGGUGAAAAAUAGUUUCUCUCAAAAAUCCUUAAAAGUGAGUACAUGUACAUUGAGAGUGACCAGUGGUGUAAGCUUAUUGAAAGAUGUUCUUAUAAAGAACCAAACAUAUUGUGCAGAUGCAACGCCUUUGAAUGCAGAGCAUUUACAUUCUUCUUGCUUUUUUCCCAAUAUCUAACUUUUAUUUUCACCAACUUUAUCAUUAUCAAUAUAAGCCAAACUUGGUGGAAAUGAACAUGCUGAAAAAUUUCACCCAAAAAUUAGCCUUUUAUGUAAAGUAAACAAAAAUUAAUAACAUACUAGUCCUGUUGAAGACAUUUGGCUGUUAGCUGUGUUAUAGUUCAUAUAAUUUUUGUUCGAAUUAUAAUUGCGUUGAUUUGUGUAGUGACUUGUUUGCAUGCAUUUGUAUGAUCGUUGAUGUUUUCUGUACUAUGGGACUUACAUACUUUAGAUAAAAUCCUAAAAGGUUCGAAAUCUUUUAUUGAUAAAGAUGCAUAUAAUUGUCACUGAAUCCUAUCACUUUGAGAACUGUUAAUAAUUCAGUCCAUAGUCAGCUUUUAACGAGAAUUUUCAAGAAUUCUCUCCCUUAAUUAUUGACUGUGUAAAAGCAAUUCCCUUCAAAUUGGAUUGUCUCCCUUACAUUAGCUAAAGUCGUGUCAUUCAUGACCCAAGUCAGUAAUUCUUUGUCAUGGAUUUUGCAUUGAUCUAAAAUUUUGCUUUGGGUAAUACAUGGAAAUUAAGCUCGCAUUUUACUCCAUAGAAAGCAACAAAACAUGUAGCCAGUUUUUGAUAUAAAUCAUGUUAUUUUAUAGAUUCAUAUAGAAAUAUUAUUCUUGUAAAGAUAUAAAACAUUUCUGUAAAAAAACAUUAUGUUAGCUUAUGAGAUUGCAAAAUUUGUGUUAUGUAACAGAAAAUGAAAACAUUUAAAUAAAUUUCUAUUCUUUUGAAACUUUGAAUCCCGCUAAACAUUGAAGUCCGCGAAUUAUUUCAUAAACGAGCUUUCCCACAAAAACAUGUAUAAUAGUUUUCCUUGAGAAAAACGAAACUUGUGUGAAGAUACAUGUAUUUCCAUUUUGUUUGAAUGUCCUUGUCCAUAUAACGGUACUUUUGAUUAACUUUCAUGCCUAGAAGAUUACUCUUUAAAACAUGAUGAAAUAAAGUAAUAAACUAAGCAAUCUUGUAUUUGAUAGGCAAUGGCAAAGAAACCCGAGCAAUUUAACAAACUUAAAAAACAUACAUGUUAGUAAAACACGCACACACAUGUUUUAUUAACUGGCCUUGAUCCUAGGUUUUCCAUAGUAAUCAAGGAAAGAAAAAUUCUAUUUAAUUAUGAAUCAAGUUUCUGAUUUUUCUUAUCAGCAUUGGUGUAUGUGUAUCAUUGAGAUCCGAACUCAUUUUUUUUAAAAAUAGCUCUGAUUCACCCUGUCUACUUAUCUAUAGUGUCUAAGUUACUUAGUCUUGUAUAAUCAGUGAUAUACAUAAAUCAAAUAUGCCAUUCAGAUAGAUAUGUGUUUGUACAUACUAUACAAUUCAAUCAUAAAAUCAAAUUUAUCCGUGUAAACUAAAGUCUUUAGCUGUAAAGGUGGCUAUUUUGCAUGCUUUCCCCGAACAAAACCGUGACAAAAAAUGUAGGUCGUACUAAAGAGAUAAUCCUACCGUGCAAACUCAUGGAAAGCAUGCUAUUAUAAAUGUUUUUUUUUUUUUGUUUUUUUUUUCAAGCUUGGAUUUCAUUUCUAAAUAGACAUGAUAUUGAUGCGCGUCUGUUAAUUUCAUCCUUUCUUUGCAUAGCAUGGAAACCAUACUGUGUAUUUUGUUUAAAUAAAUGUACACAUUCUCUCCCCCUCUCACCAGCCACUGAGCGCCUAACUUGCAAAUUACACUAUUUCAUAAGAUUAUAAAGAUUAUUCUUUGACGUAGUUUUUCUCCUGUCGUCGAAUGUUAUUCCAAAGAUAUUUAGCUAUCUGUCAGAAUAAUGUAAUUUAUGUUGAUUCGUAUUGUUCUCAUAAACAGUUUGGUGAAAAAUCAAAGCUCUGUUCUAUUCUGUUCUGAUCACUUUUUUUAAUUUUUGACUAAUGAGACAAUUAUUUCUUGCAUACCAGACGGGGAUUUCCUGUAUUUUUACCGGUGCUGGAAAAAUCCAUCUUACACCCCGGGGUGUAUAUUUUAUUUCGAAAAACGGAAUAAAAAUCCAAUACCUUGACAGUUCCUCUUUGUUCCUGAUAGUAUAUUUAUCGAUUCAAAACACGUUGUUUUAUAAAAAAUUCAUAACGUUACGCUGGAACUGAUAAAAGAAAACCGGAACUAAACAUUGUUAUUUAUCUUUGAAACGUCAUGACGUCUUUCCUGUUUACGGACGUUGAUUUCCCGCGCUUUGUUUAAAUACGCUGCUAUAAGAAAUAGUUCUAAAAAGAAAGCCGUUCGACUGAUUUUAUUUUUAUUAUUAUAUCUUUAUAUCGGUAUACAAGAAAAAGAUUCUGUCACUGGUUAUAGGUUCAGAUGGGAAUAUCCGGCUCUCGGAUAACUGUUUAGGCGGUAACUCGGUAGGAACCUCGUUACCGCCUAAACAGUUACCCUCGGGGCCGGAAAUUCCCAUCUGCACCUACAACCAGUGAAAGAAUCUUAUAGAACGUUAUCAUUUCAAAAGACUAUAUUGAAUCGUACGUCAGUUGUUGGUAUAUACAGUUCCGUGAAUUAACACCGUUAAAGUUACAUCAGAAUUAAGAAAUUCACAAUUUUUUAUUUCUUGAUACACUUUGAAGUUAAAUGGAAGCAAGAAGCCUUUACCCUAUUACACUUAUAAUUAUACUAUUGUAUUGUUUAUUAAGUCAAGAAUACCUACAUAUGUGAUAAUGAAUUGUCAUGCUUUGGAAAAUAUACUUUAUUUGCCUCUAAAGUAAAAGAAAUGGAAAAGUUUAGUGUUUUUCACUAUAUGUUCAAUAUAAGCGAUGGUGAUACUUUUAAAACAAAAUUGGAAGCAAGAAGAUGGUGAUACUUUUAAAACAAAAUUGGAAGCAAGAAGAUGUUCAGUUAGAAUAAAUAUUUUCACAUUAAAGCAAUGGUCACAUUUACGUUCACGCACGUAGUUGGUCGUAGUUAAUUUUAAACGUAGUUUGUCGUACGUUGAAGUACGUGUAAGUACGAACAACUACGUUCAACUACGAGUAAAUCGGGUAGGGUUAACUAGGGUAUCACUACGUCUUACCACGAGUUACUACGUUACACUACGUAUAUACUACGAUCGAAGUACGAACAACUGCGACAAAUUACGAUCAACUACGCUGAGCUACGGAAAAGCGUUUAGCCGUAGUGGAGUCCUAGUUUAGUUUAGCCGUAGUGGAGCCCUAGUUGAUCGUAGUUGAACCGUACUGUCGAUGCGUUUUUCUUGUACUACGAUCAAAAACGAUACACACUACUGUUAAGUACGAUCAAGUACGUUUAACUAAGAUCAACUACGUUCAAACUACGGUCACAGUAGGGUCAAAACAUCGUAGUUAAUCGUAGUCAGAUUUUGAACAUGUCGAAAAAUUAUUUGCUUACUACGGACAAAUCAUAAGUUCGAACUACGAUCAUUACUACGUUUGACUACGAUUAUCUACGUGUAACUACGCUUAGUUCGAUCAACUACGAUCAACUACGAUCAUUCCUUACUACGAUUAACUACGUGUAGUGUGACCACGCCAUAAAUUAAAGAGAAGAAAUUGAUGUAUACUGUCAUAUCAGGUAAAAUUUUCACAAAACAAAAGACAUAUUUGAAAUUAAUCAUUGAAAAUAAAUUUCCAAUAUAAUCUAUUGCUCAAAGUAGUAUCAGCAGGGAAACCAAUAUUGAUUAUCGGAUAAUUUUCAAGGGAGACAAUCUACUAUGAUAAGCCAGUCAAAUAUAAUAAAAGCUGGGGAUGCAUAUUUACGGCUGUGAACUUUGGAGUGUGUAUUCAGAACAUGAUAUUUUAGCCUUGGAGAGAGCCCAUAGAUUUUGUGUAAAAGUCCUGCAGCGUUUAGGGUAAAUACUAGUACAGACUAUUUGUCUAAAUUCCAUGGAGACACUUAGUGAUUAUAAUUAUAAAAAGCUCAUGUUCUUUGGGCAGCUAUGCCAUCUCCCGACUAGAUAUUUAGCUAAGCAGACUUUUUUUUACAUAGGCUGACACGAUUUUUAAAUUAUGACAAACAAAGUUAUGGUUUCAUGCCGGAUAUAGGGUAAAAUGGGGUAUCUGGGACAGUGGGGAAACUGGGACACUACACUUUUCAGUAAAUUGGGGUAAAUAUUGAUUACGUUCCCUAAAUUAGAUCAUAUGUUGAAAAAGAACAUUCAGUGUUAAAGCCUAUUGUGACAAAACAUUUUCUGCCGAUGGAUUGGAAAAUAUUUUAAGAAUCGAUUUUCUUAGACAUAUGUUGAGAGUAUUACUAAUUAAAUAAAAAUAAGAAAACAUAAAAUUACACGCUGUAAAUAAUUAUGCCUAUUUUUUUCAGAUGGUGCUUUAAAAUAUUCUCGUUAUGUUCCUGUCUAGUGAAACGCACAAUGGAAAUAGUCGUUUGACUUUCUAGAUAAAUUUGCUUAUAUGUGGUCGUUAUAUCAAUAAGAUCUUAAAGAUAUUUAAUUUCGGUACCGUAACGUCUUGAUCAUAAAUGUGACGUCAAUUUUGACGCAAGACGCUGGUUCUAGUAUACAUGUAAUAUCGCAUUUAACUUGUUUGAAAUAUUGAAGUGUAUUAUGUAUCAUUGCAAAUCAAGGACAUGACAUUAUUUUUUUUUAAAUUCUAUAAAAAAGUAUAAUGAUUUUGUUUUUUGUUUUUUUUACUUUCAUUUUGAAUAAUAAAGUGGCCUGUCAUGAACCGUUGCGUUGACGUCAGACAACGACGUUAUAAAACAGGUGCUUGUUUGUGAAAUAUGGCAUGUCCAAAAUAUUUAUAUUGGUAUGUGUUGAUACCUUCAGUUAUUGGAAGAGUUGCAAAACUGUAGGUAUAUGGAUUAUGUCAAGUUUAUGUUUAAUUCAUACAUAGUUAUUUACACUUAUAACAUUUUUUUAUUUUAAAUGAUUUAUAUAAUAAGCAUAUAUUGAAACAAAUAAUGACAUAAUUUAGGCAAAAAUUGGACAUAUUGAUUUCUUUAUGCAUCCUUGUUUUACAAAACAGACAUAAAUUGUAAUUAAUACUGAGCUAUAUUUUCAGUUUAGAAUUCUUUUUUGAUCUGUGGACAUGAAUGGUUUCAUUUGUCAUAAAUGCGACUGUAAUAUACAUAAAUUCUAAUAAAACUAAAAUGUCCCAAGUUACCCCAACUGGGUGGGGUAACUUGGGACAUUUGACCAAUGUUUAAUUAAUUUAUAUUUAAUCACUGGUUAUCAGGUAUUUGUGAAAGUUUAUAUUCGUCAUAUAUUAUAUAGUUUGCGCAUACUGAAAUAUCAAUAAAUCAAGUUUAUAUUUUGUCUUUCUAAGAUAUUACUCAACAGUGUUUCUUUAAAUGUCCCAGUUACCCCAUUUUACCCUAUAUAGACUAUUUCAAAAAUACGAGUUGGAAGCUUUCUUAAUAGAAUUUAUUUUGUCACGGCAUAUGAGCUGUCUCUUUGUUUACAGAUCUGUGGAAAGAGCCAUUUGCUGAUAUUUAUAUAACUCGUGGCCCUUUCCUUUUGAAGAGUAUUCAGUUUCUACCAUAACAUACUUUGAAACUUUUCAGGGGGCGUAGGUUCAAGUCCCAGUGGGACCAAACAUUUUUUGUCUUUUCUUUUUUUCUAGUAAGUUUUUACUUUUUUCAAAACUUACUAUUGAUUUAUUGUACAAAAGUGGAAAUUUUUCAUUUGAUAAGCGAUUUUUUGCUGUUCAAUGUGAAUUUACCUCUGAAACAGAAAGGGGCAGAGUUAGACAUCUUUAAAAAUACUGAGUUGCAUGCGGUAAAAGUUCUCUAUUUUGCCUUUACUCUUUAGAUUACAUAUUGUGAAAGAAAUGUAGGUAGGUUUUACUUCUGCCCAGAGGUUAUUUUUGAAUGAAGUGAGCAAAAUAUCUCCCGACUAGAUAUUUAGCUAAGCAGACUUUUUUUUACAUAGGCUGACACGAUUUUUAAAUUAUGACAAGCAAAGUUAUGGUUUCAUGCCGGAUAUAUAUAGACUAUUUCAAAAAUACGAGUUGGAAGCUUUCUUAAUAGAAUUUAUUUUGUCACAGCAUAUGAGCUGUCUCUUUGUUUACAGAUCUGUGGAAAGGGCCAUUUGCUGAUGUUUAUAUAACUCGUGGCCCUUUCAUUUUGAAGAGUAUUCAAUUUCUACCUUAACCUACUUUGAAAUUUUUCAGGGGGCGUAGGUUCAAGUCCCAGUGGGACCAAACAUUUUUUGUCUUUUCUUUUUUACUAGUAAGUUUUUACUUUUUUCAAAACUUACUAUUGAUUUAUUGUACAAAAGUGGAAAUUUUUCAUUUGAUAAGCGAUUUUUUGCUGUUCAAAGUGAAUUUACCUCUGAAACAGAAAGGGGCAGAGUUAGACAUCUUUAAAAAAAAAACUAAGUUGCAUGCGGUAAAAGUUCUCUAUUUUGCCUUUACGCUUUAGAUUACAUAUUGUGGAAGAAAUGUAGGUAGGUUUUACUUCUGCCCCGAGGUUAUUUUUGAAUGAAGUGAGCAAAAUAUAAAACAGUCCCACAGGAUUCAGCCAUAAUUUUUCAAUACUGGAAUUAGAAUUUAGUCUCACUAAAUCCGUUUACUUGAGGUACCCUAGAAAAAAUGAUAUUGACAGUUUUAUUUUGUGUUUUAUAAUUGUUUACCAAUAGUUUGAUGUUUCUUUUAUCAAAGUUAAUGGUACAAUGAAUUCUCUGCAAACGUUUUGGACAGUAGCCAUCACAUUGAAAUUUGUCCCUACUAGAGCUUGAGAAAAUACCAUAGAUUUUACAAAAUUUAUAAAAAAAAAACGACACGGUAAAAGUUGUUUAAAAAUUGCGAAACAGUGCGAAACACGGCCAACUUUAAGAAUAUACCAAGCGAAUGCCAUUUUUUAAACAUUACUAUUAGGGUCCAAUACCUUAAAAGCAUGUAUAGUACAAUGUUUUUUGUUUGUUUAUAUGUUUUUUGUUUAUAUGUAUUGGUGUUUAUGUUAAAAUAUUGCAUGGUAUGACUGGUCAAAAUAAAGAUGUGUCCUACUAGUA